CUUAUCGUUAGAUUGGCCAGAUCGAGAUAUGCCCGGGCACUUCUUGAAACGCCGGCACAUCAUGAUUCGGCCGGGCAUAUCGCGAUGCGCCAAGUAAAAGGUUGGGCAGAUCGACGAGAAUAACGUAUUUGUCGAUAUUCCGAGCUAACAACACGGCGGAUCGUGAAAUAGUUGCAUUUCGCGCCGAUAGUGGCGCUGUCUUCGCGCGCUCGGCUUUGUUUACGCGAGCGGAAGAUGGCGGCGUUACAAACAAGUGAAUGUGGUGUUGAUAUUAUCAAAAUGAACAGUGAAAACGAAACAAAAAGUGCAUUUAAAGAACAAUAUUACCAUCAGUUACUUGAUUUCUAUGAGGGACAUAAAGAUUCUUCGCACAAUGUAAAAAAACCAUGGACUUCUCAACGUAUUUUAGAGGUUAUUGAACAAAUAAAAAGAAGUAGGGUGACCAUGCAGCGGGUCUCUUCGGACUAUUAUUGGAGUGCAAAAUAUGAUGUCAUGGAAACUUCUGACAAAGAUUACUUAAUUUUCAAAAGAAAAACUGCCGAUGAUCCUACAGUGCGCAUAGUCGCCGUAGAUGAAUAUUUUGAUAUAUUAACAGAAGUUCACAAAGCUGUUGGGCAUGGUGGCAGAGAAAAAAUGAUAUAUAGUAUUAAAACCAAAUUUCACAUACCGAAAAAAGCUAUAGAAAUAUACAUUAAAUUGUGUGCAGUGUGUGAAAUGAAACGUUCCAUGCCAAAAAAAGGUAUAGUGACAAAACCAAUUAUAUCACCAGAUUUCAACUCACGAGGUCAGGUAGACCUUAUUGAUUUACAAUCAGCUCCGGACGGGGAAUACAAGUGGUUAAUGAAUUAUCAGGACCAUGCUACCAAGUUUCUACACUUGAGGCCAUUGAAAUCUAAGAGGGCUGUGGAGGUGGCGUUUGAACUAUUUAAAAUAUUUUUGGAGUUUGGUGCACCAUUAAUUUUACAAUCUGAUAAUGGGAAAGAGUUUACAGCUCAUGUCAUUGAAGAACUUGUGCAGUUGUGGCCAGAAUGCAAGAUCGUUCAUGGAGGCCCUAGACGUCCUCAAACGCAAGGAAGCGUCGAACGUAGCAACCAAGACGUAGAAAACAUGUUGCGUUGUUGGAUGAAAGAUAAUGAUUCUGCUAAUUGGUCUGUGGGUUGCUACUUCGUACAGUAUUAUAAAAAUUCAUCUUUUCAUCGUAUAAUUGGUAGAUCACCCUAUCGUGCCUUGUUCGGUUCUGACCCCAAAACAUUACAGUGUUAUUUCAUCUAUUGA